UCUUUGAUCCCUGGUGCGAGUUUUGGCAAUCAUUCACACAUCGACGUCUGUCAAAGUCACAUGUUUUCAUUUUAGACGAGGUUGUCAUCUCAUUUUUAUCCUGUCAUUUGCUGUCAAACGAAAAAUGACGUACCAACAGUGGAAUCACCAGCAUCAUUACCAGGCUGUACCAGAAUCAAGGCCUUUGCUUAUGCAGCCAUGGCAGCACGAGUUUGGUUGUCCUGUGCCCAGACCACGUUCUUUUUCAUUGGGUAGUCGACCAACUGGCCAAGAGUUGUUGCAAGUCUCAACCAAACGAAUGUACGACACAUCCCCGCAGAUCAUUCUGCCAGUCGAUUCGAACCAAAACUAUUGUUACAGCAGCAACAACAAUCGUACGAGCGAUUUCAAAUCUAAACGCCAUUCAAGGAAAUGUGGUUGGGCACUUGUUUUCAUUUUAUUACUGGCCAGCGGUUUGUCUGUUUUGGCAUGGUGGAAACUUCGCCGAUCAAUUGUUUUAGAUCAAGAGAAAGAUUAUCCUCCUGUACCUGCCCAGCAACAUUAUCAACCACCACCACCUCCUCCUGUUCCUCAGCAGCAGCAGCAGCAGCAAUCGGCUUACCAUCCGUUACCACCUCCACCAGCGGCUCUGGUUCCCCCCGGCACCCAGCAACAGUAUUAUAUGCCUCAACAACCGACUGGAUGGCAACAGCCCCAACAACAACAACAACAGCAGCAUUAUCAGCACGUUCCUCCUGUUCCUGUCGAAGCCCAGCGAAACUACCAGCCGCAACAGUAUCAACAACAACAGUACAAUAAUCCGCAACACAGCUAUCCGCAACAAUAUCAACAACCCCAUUACGGUCAGCCACCGCAGAUUAAUCCGCACCACGCCCAACACUACGCCAAUCACCAACCGGAUGUAGCCCAUCACCAAGGUGAACAGGUUCCUCGAAAGUCUUGGAUGAUGGAGCACGUAGAAAAUCCUGUAGCUCAAAAUGAAAUGCGGCAUCAACAACAACAAUUUCAGCCCCAACAGCCUCAGCAGAUUCAUCAACAGCCUCAACAACAAUCUCAGCAAUCAUCGCCUCCUCCACCACCUCCACCACCACCUCACGUUCAUCAUCAACAACAACAACAACCACCACCGAUGAUGGAACCGGUGCUGAGUCGUCAAGAGGAGCGGGCCAAAGCCAGAAACCAGGCGAGGACGAUGAACCCCAAAAAGAAUUCGUCCAAAGUUCAAGACGACGACAUUUGGGAGCAGGAAAAGAAGGUGGAAAACGAUGAAAUUGCCGUAGAGAUUCCAUUAAAGUUACGACUAGAACCGGCCCUGUUUUCGUUCACAGAGUCAGUUCUAGGAAACGAUGGCACAGUUUUUAUUACGUCAUUCGAAGAUGACGAGGAUGUCACAGUUGAAGUGAUUGAAGAAGCUUAAACAGCUACUAUAAAUGUGUAUUAUUCUGCAUGAUGUGUAAAUUUUGUAAAUUUCUUUUUUUAUUUAUCGAGAUACUAGUUUUAUGCAAUUCAAUUAAGAUAAUUUAUUUCUGAAAAGAGUUUUUUAAAAUAAGAGAAUCAAUAAUACACGCAUAAUUAAAUAAGGAAA